AUGACGGCAACCGCAAAGCCGUUUGCGGCAGUCUCCAAGGGCAUCUUCUCUCCAACCACCUCAGCAGAGGAUGUCGAGGACAUUCAGCAAUGGCUUGGCCAGCAGCAUACAUUCUUCCUCUCCCUGGCAAAGAUCCACGACGAGGCCACAAGCAACGUCCGUACCGAAGUCGAUGGAGACGGCGACGAGCUCGUGUUAGAAGACGAAGACGGGCCUUCCUCGUCGCAUAUGCCCUACUACACACGGCUCUUCGACCUGGUCAUCCAGUCGAAUCGGGAUCUUGUGCAGCAGCUGGCCUCUCAAUCAGCACAGGAUGACCCUUCCUCCUCUUCAUCCUCAUCUCCCCCCUCGUCCUCGCGCUUCGUUCCCCACCUAAGCCGUACGACGCUCCCCAUUCUCGCCCUCGCACAAACUCUGCACCUAUCGCCCAAUGCGAUGGCCCUCUCGCACACCUCGCAAGGAAUCGUAGGCGAAGAGUUCCUCCACUGGCUCAACAGCUACGACUUGGCGCCGACUACAGAGCAGGGGAGGGAGAUAGCUUCUAGCGCUGAGCCACACUUGCAUCCUACAUUUUGGGACUACAUUCUGCGUUGCACGCUCAGGGGGUUCCAUUCCACUGUCUCUACCCUCCUGGCUACGCUUCUGAGCCUCCCGUCCCCCUCAUUGCAGGGAUUGGUAGGGCGAACCCGCGAGCUGGUGGGCUCAAUGCCGCGCAGUAUCCACUUCAAGACCGAAGUUCAAUUCAAGGCUGCGCGAAGAGAGUUCCAGCUCAGGUUGACCGGUCUACUGGCCGGGCUGGAAGGGGUCAUGGAUGAGGUGCAGGGCGAGCUGGAGGGAGAGCUUGGCGAAGACGACGAUGCCGGAGAAGAGGCAGCGGAGGAAGCUGCAGAGGACCUGCGUCUAUCCCUCGAGGCAGGGCUGCGAGUCUUUCUCGAGGUGUUGGCGGGCAAUAAGGAGAGGGUAGUCGAGGCUGCAGAGGAUUGGAAAGAGGCGCUCGCUGCCUGGGGGACACUUGUCGAUGUUGGGCUCAAGAGGGAAGGGCUGGGCAACGCUCUGGACAAAGUGAAGGCGCUGCGCCAGGAUGACGACCAAGAGGCCACUUCCAUUGAGGAGCAGAUCAUGAUCAAGCUCAUCAAGGGCAGAUUGGCAGAAGCUGUCGAGAUGUGCUUCGAGGUCGAUCCGUACUUGGCGCAGGUACUCACCGACUUCCUCACCAAGAUUGGUGCGCUGUCCGCCGCAACUAUCGCCAAAAGCACGUUGCCGCAGCCGCCAUCUCUGCUGCACAAGUGCAACCUCGUCUACGCCAACACCCUCCUCUCAUCGUAUGGCCUGUGGCGCAUGGCUAUGGACUAUCUUUCUCGCGCGGGCACGAGAGGUCAGAGCAGGAUGAGUCAGGUGUUACUGGGCGUGCCGCUGCUCGAGGCCAAGAAGAAGUCGCAGCAGCAGCAGGGCGAUCAGGAGGAGUACGAUGAUGAGGCGCAAGACGAGUAUCACCUGGCUGAGUCCGUCCUCGAGGCUUGUGGAAGCUUCAAUCUCGUUACGGAGGCGAGGGCUGUAUGCCGCAAGCUGGCGUUACAUCUCUCAUCGCCGUCAUCAGCAGACUCAGAUCUACCAAAAUAUGGCCCAGCAAUUAUCUUCGCACUCCGCAGCCCACCUCGGGGUGAUGCAAUGGCGAUGCGCAUCGUCAAGCGUAGAGUGCUACAAUCGCUCCUGACUAGGAAGUACGGUGACCAGAAGAGAGCAGGUAGCAACAAAUCAGCCGAGCAGUGGAUCAUCAAUCAAGUCCGCGAAAUGAAGCGCAGCAUUGUACGAUGGAGGCGCUCCGAAGAGGAGCACUUGCGGGAACAGCAAGAAGGCAACAUGGAGGACAACGCCGAGGGCGUAGUCAAAAAGGAGACUAAUAGCGAACUUGGUCUCUCCGGCCCCUUUCUGCGUCCACGCAUAGCAGCCGCCAACAAAGUCGACGACGGCAGUGCCGAAUCCCGUCGACGGGCUGCCGCCAUCCUUGAGCACGAGGAGCUGCUCAUCGACGAUGAGGAGGAAUGGAACCUGGUCUUCGGCCCUUCAGCUUUACCGGCUCCUCUUCUCUUCUUGAGCAGUCUGGCUGGAUAUUUCCGACUCAAAAAGGCGGCGAGCAACAGCGCCGAAGCUGCAGCAGCCGCUUCUGUGUCAUUGAUUGACCUGCUCAAUUCUGGGCUGGUGGAUGGGGAUUGGGUGAGCAUCCUCCUCUACGAGGUGGGGUCUUGCCUCUCAACUUUGGCUGCUAGUCAUGCAACGGUGGGCGGAGUAGAGGAGACGAAGCUCUACGACGUCUUGCGUUUGCUCGAGGCACUGCUUCUUUCGGCAUCACUGGGCGGGACAGAGCGGGCAUUUGCAUUGCAGAAGCUCGGGACCUGGUGUGGGGCUGGAGGUGCUCCGUCUGAGACCGACGCCGAGGAUCGAGGCGAGGAUGAUGAAGAGCAGCGCAGCAUCGAUGAGGUGGCCCUGCGACGCGCAGAGCGCGAGCUUGCCAGACUAAGGCUGCGAGUGGCAACCGCUCUCAGCAUUCCGGCUGUGCCCUCGGUGCCGCUCUCAUCAGGCGCAAUGACCGGCGCUGAUGUCGCUGCAACUGCUGCUGCUGCUUACGGGGGCGGUGACGAAAUUGCGCUGGCCGCUGACCUCGAUGAGGAAGACGCGGCAAUGGACGGUGCGGUAGGUGCAGACGCUACGACGGCGGCUGCGGCUGGGCUGGCGGAGAUGGGCGAGGGCAGCGUGGCGGCAAGCUCCUACGAUUAUGUCGUUGACGAGGAUGGAGCGGUUGUGGUAUGA